GGACAAACUCCAACCCUAAUGCCAAACUAUCUCCCUAACUCCCUUAAUUUGCUAUAUAUCAAACCCCAUAUUCGCUCCCUCACCAAAACUACGCGCAAACACUUAUCCACAAAAAAAAAAAAACAUAUACCAAAAUCAAGCACUAUACGAUCAUCAGAAGAAGAAGAAAGCAAAAGGGCUCAAAAGAAGACAUGCCUUCUUCCAUCCAAUCAAGCCCUUUCUUCCAAAUGGAGAAUUCAGCCGUAAUAUCUCUUCUUCGGCACACGGGCAACAACACGGUGGAGCCGAAACGUCCCAAGAAACCCUCAGGAACAGUAGGCGGUGUCCUCAAAAUGUUCAAACUCUUCCCCAUGCUGUCCUCAGGCUGCAAGAUGGUGAACCUGUUGAGCCGACACCGAAAGCCUUUGCUUAAGGAUCACGCAACCACCGGCACGAUCUUCGGGUACCGCAAAGGACGAGUCUUUCUCGCCAUACAAGAAGACCCCCACUGCCUCCCCAUGUUCAUCAUCGAGCUACCCAUCCUGACGUGGGCUUUGCAGAAGGAAAUGGCCUCGGAGACGGUCAGAAUCGCUCUCGAGAGCGAGACCAAGACCUCGAGGAAGAAGCUCAUGGAGGAAUACGUGUGGGCGGUGUAUUGCAACGGCCGGAAAAUCGGGUAUUCGAUAAGGCGGAAACACAUGUCGGAGGAGGAGAUAUACGUGACUCAAGCCCUGAGAGGGGUCUCGAUGGGCGCCGGAGUUUUGCCGCCGCCUGAGAAAGAGGCGGCCGCGGAUGGAGAGAUGACGUACAUGAGGGCGAGGUUCGAGAGAGUGAUUGGGUCGAAGGAUUCAGAAGCUUUGUAUAUGAUCAACCCUGAAGGCAGUGGCCAGGGAACAGAGCUUAGUAUUUUCUUUGUUAGAACUCGUUAGAUUUCGUGUAUAGAGUUUUUUUUUUUUUUUAAAUCUUGACUACAAACACUUUUUAAAGUCAUGCUUAUGCUUUCUCUGUGUUUUGGAAUUUUGCAUGGUUAUGGAAAUUAUACAGAAAAUAAAGCAAAAAACAAAGUGCUAAUUUUCCCAUUA